AUGUAUAAUCCAUAUCAACAACAGCAAACUGGUUAUAAUCCUCAGCAACAACAAACGGGGUUUGCUGGAGGGUUUAAUCAGCAGCAGCAAUAUGUCCAGCCUCAGCAAACAGGGUAUUAUAAUCCGAAUCAACCUCCUUCAAUGCAAAACCAAGCAACCGGGUUUUAUCAACCUCAACAGCAGGCAACGUUUAAUGCGCCGUCAUUUCAAAGCCAGCCUACUGGGUUUGCACAACAACCGCUGAUUCAACCACAACAGACUGGCUAUAUUCAAACACAACCUACUGGAUUUCAACAGCCAGGAACGAAUUCAGCGCCCACCGUGACUGAAAAUAGUGAAUUAAAGAUCCCUAGUAUGAGAUUAUCGUUCAUUACUGCGUCAGAUCAAAAUAAAUUCGAACAUUUAUUUAGAACCGCAGUGCCAAAAGGAGAACAAGCUAUUAGCGGUGAUUCGGCACGAGACAUUUUAUUGAGGUCAGGCUUGCAGCCUAUAACCUUAGCUGAAAUUUGGUCAUUGGCAGACACCAAUAAGUCGGGUUCUUUGUUGUUUCCUGAGUUUGCGUUAGCUUUGCAUUUAUGUAACUUGUCAUUAAAGGGGGACCCAUUACCUACGUUGUUACCAGAAAAAUGGCUGAACGAAGUGAAGAGUUUUGUUGAUGCUAUUAGUUUUAGUGUACCAGAGAAUCCAUCAAAUAUCUUGUCGAAUACACCAUUUGCUAGCUUUGGUGCAAAUAGCAAUACGACCAAUGACGAUUGGAUGGCGCCACAAGCCACCGGAUACAAUAACUCUGGUGCAGUUCCUUCUACAUCGUUCCAAGCUCAGCCAACUGGAUUUGGUGCGCCGCAAGAAAUGGUGGCCCAAAGAACUGGUAAUUUUCCAAUCCAACCUCAAGCAACUGGGUUUGGAAGUAAUAAUGCCAAUUCUUUAUUACCCCAAAGAACAGGAGGUGGUACUUUAAUUCCAUUGCAGCCCCAACAAACGUCUGGUUUAAUUCCUGCUCAAAAGACAGGACCAUUGCAAUCUCAAACUACAGGAUUCCAAUCUCAAAUGAAUUCUCAGCAAACAGGUCCUAGUGUCUUGCAGCCUCAAUUAACAGGAUUUACACAAAGAAUGAAUAACGGACCUUUACAGGCACAGACUACUGGUUUUCAACAACAAAGUACCGGCUUCCAACCACAAACUACUGGCUUCCAACCACAAACUACUGGCUUCCAACCUCAACAGACUGGUCUUUUACAAUCCCAACCAACCGGUAAACCGGGUCAGUGGGGGUUUGUUUCUACGCCGACUGGAGGAAUACCAGGAUUGAAUGCUAUGGAGCAGCACUUUUUGCCAUCCUCUCAACUACCAACUAACAACUUACAAAAUGCUAUGGGUGGUUCGUUGAAGACAAAUGUGACCUGGUCGAUCACAAAACAAGAGAAGCAAAUUUAUGAUGGUGUUUUUUCUGCAUGGGAUAGUAGAAACAAGGGAUUCAUUGACGGAGAAGUUGCAAUCAAUAUAUUCGGAAAGUCUGGAUUAGCCAGGCCGGAUUUGGAGUCUAUUUGGAACCUUGCAGAUACUAACAAUAGAGGAAAAUUGAAUAAGGAUGAAUUUGCAGUUGCUAUGCAUCUUGUUUAUAGAAGAUUAAACGGGUUUGAUUUACCAUUGAGAUUACCUCCAGAAUUGGUUCCUCCCUCAACUAAAUAUAUCCAAGAUUCUAUGGAUACCUUGAAAAACUCUUUGAAAAGUGGUUCUGCGAAGUCCUCACCUCCCGUGAAACCAGGCAAGACAGACGGAAAAAGAUAUAAGAACGAUGAUUCUAAUUUUGGGUAUGUUUCUAAUGUUCGUCACAGAAGAAAAAAUACCUCUAAUAAUGAUCCAUCAAAUGGUGAUGAAAAGUCUUCUAAUAACAGCGACUUAACCAUAGCCGACUUGAAAAAGCUAGUUCGUGAAAAGAAAAUCUUGUUAGAUGCAGUAGAUGCAGAAGAUCAAGAUUCUGCUAUAACAAGUAGACAGUUGGAAUCAAGAAACUACCAAGAAAUCGAUUCAUUGAAGCAACAAAUAAGAACAAUUCAAUCUCAAUUAAAUAACAAGGUUUCUUCCGGUGGAUCAAUCAGCGAAAGAAAGCAAUUAUUGGAUAAAUUAAAUUACUUAACCCGUGAUAAAGUUCCAGGUUUAAUUUCCAAAAUUCACCAAGUUAACAGAGAUAUAGCUCUGAGUAAAGUUGAGCUCUUUAAAUUGAAGUUAUCAAAAGAAAACCCAGAUUGGCAACCGGAGAAUGAAGAGGCGGGAAUAGUCGGUACUGGUAUCAAUGGUGAAGUUACCGAUGCAGACAAACAAAAGUUUAAAUCCAAACAAUUAUUAAAGCAGAGAAUGGCUGCAUUGACUGGCAAGUCAUACGAGAGUGGUAAUGAGCUAGAUGUUAAAUUGCAGCAGGAAAUCAAGAAAACUCAAUCCGAAGGAGAAAAUCAAUCUGGAAUGAUAAACGACAUUGAAGCUAGUAUUAAAGAAUUAGAAGAUGGAUGUGCUACUAAUUUACAGAUUACUAAUAAAGAAGAAGUAGACACAGAUAAAUGGGAAAACGGAAACAAUUUGAAUGCGGAGGUUGCAAAAUUCAUAAGAGAAUUGAAUUCUUCUAAGCCAAACCAACAAUCAGCUCCCCAAGUAACUUCUUCUGUAGGACAAAGACAACAAUCAUCUAAGAAUGCUGAGGCAAGUAUUGUUUCACCUCAGUCAACGGGUGCAAGUGAUAGUUCUACAGCUAGUCACGAAUAUAGAACACCUGAAGAGAGAUCUGCAUAUAUCAAAGCACAAGCUGAGAAAAGAAUGAAUGAGCGUUUAGCUAAGUUAGGUCUUACGAGACACAAGACAUCGAACUCUAGCUAUACAGCUGAACCACAAACACAAAGCAAAACGGUACCUCUGAAUGCUAGUUCUGAACCUCUUAAAGCUCCAGAAAGAGUGGUUGAACCGCAACCACAACAACAGCAACAGGAAACGCGACAAGAAACCAAAUCGCAAGAUGGAAUUAUUAGUGGACAAAGCGAUUCCUCAAAACAAGUGAAUCAAGUACCUAACCAAACAAUGGGAAAUGAAUCUGAUGAUGAUAAUGAGGAAUAUGAAGCCUUAAUGAAACAGAAAGAAGAAAUGGAAGCUCGUGAACGUGAACGUAAGUUAAAGAAGAAGCAGGAAAAAGAAGCUAGGUUAGAGAAACUAAAGAGAGAAAUGGAAGAAUUGAAGAAAAAAGAAGAAGCUGGAUAUUCUAGUGAUGAAGAACCAAUAACUGAAGUUAAAUCGUAUGGCCCAAAUGGAUCUAUUUCCAAGAGUUCUACUAAUGACAUAGCUUCAAACCCUGUUAUAGAGCAAAAGACAAAUGAAGAACAAGCUCCUGCUCCUGCUGUACAAUCAGAAAACUUCGUUCCAAAGACUCAUGAUAAUAACCCGUUUGCAAAACUUCAAAAUAAUAAUAUUCCGGGAAGUAGCAACGAGUCUAAGGAUAACCUUUUCUUUAAACCAGAGAAAGAAGUUACGAUAGAUCCAAAGAAAGCAGCUGCUCAAAGAGCCUCGCAAAGAGGUUUGGGCGACUCUAAUGAUUGGAGUGAUGAAGAAGAAAAUUCAAGUGAAGAUGAAGGGCCCAAUAGAGCGGGCGCUGCUCAAUUAGCAAGCUUAUUAUUUGGGGGUAUGUCUCAACCAGUACCAAAAUCAAGUACAGCUACCCCUAAUCAAGAAUUUCAUGAUGCUGAAGACAUUCCUCACUUCGAUUCACAAGAAUCCAAAGUUAAUAUCAAUGAAGAGAAUGCUGAUAAUUCUGCCAAUAUUAUUCAGAAUAACCCAGACCAAGUUAACGCAACACCUGAGCCACAUGUAAGGUCAGACAAUGUUGAAGAACCAAUUUCUGAGAAUAACUUUACUCCAACACUGCCGCCACCUCCUGGAGCAGCACCCCCUUUACCUAAUGCAUUGGCACCACCACCACCACCACCUCCUCCUCCUCCACCAGCUAUGGAGGCGCCACCUAUGCCAAGCUCUUCAGCUCCACCACCACCACCUCCUCCUCCAGGUGCAGCACCUCCUUUACCUUCUCUGUACGCACCACCACCUCCUCCUCCAGGUGCACCACCAUUGCCAGGCAGUUCGUCUACUUCUUCAGGUCCCAAGCAAGCAGCUCCAUUAGGGGGUAAUGCUGAUAUUGGGGCUUUACUAGGACAAAUAAAAACUGGAACAAGCUUAAAAAGGGUAGAUGAAAAUGAAAAGCGCAUAGCAGACGGAUCUGUUGUUGGUAGAGUAUUAUGA